AUGAUUGACUGCGUGCACGGCCUCCCAGGGUCGCUAGAAACAACUCAUGAGGAGCUGAAACAGUUUCACUCCAUUAGGUUAGCGAUCGGUACAUGGGAGUUCCGAAGCGGGCGCUGGGAGCGCUGUCUCAACCUCAAUGGCUUCUUCAACCUGGAGCUUCGUGCGCUUGGUUCGGGCUGCGCAGCCUUCUAUCCGAUGAAGCCCAGUCUUCGGGAAUGCGUCCGGAGGCUUGAAGCGAAUAAAAUCGAGGGCUUGCCAUUCGACGAAGUAUUCCCGGAACUUUGUUUUGAGUACACGAUCUUCAUCUUCGACAAUGGCCGCAUCAAAAUCUUCCUGUUUGACGGCCAGGAUCGGGUCUAUCCGGCCCCCAUUGGGGCAGCAAAGGCCCGACUGGAGCAAGAGGCAGAAGGGAUACGCAAGGACUUGCCAAGCUCAGAGGACAUCCUUCCCAACUCCGAGUUUGUCUUUCGCUCGCAUCUCAACCCCUGCGUCGCGAUCCCCGACAUGCUCUUGAAGUUGCGUUAUCGCCAUGGAGAUGCGGACUCGCCGAAAUGGAAGAACGCGCCUCAACAAGAACUCGAUCUUUUCCAAACCCUCUCGCCUGCCGACUACAUGCUGGAUCGCACCAAAUGGGAUGUCUUAACGGAACCGCCGUCCUCCCAGCGAUACAAGAUGGACGGGAUCCGGUUUAGCGCACGCAAUCGUCCAGUGCACACGGACGGCCCGCAGGUCCUGAAAUCCAAGAUUCCCACGCGUGAUGUCAAGACCGCGGCGUCUCCGUCUGUCAAGGCCCCAGCAUGCGCACCGUCUACGAACCCGUCUGCCAAGCCGUCUCGCAUACCGCGUCUAUCAUUGGCCUCCGGGAACUUUGCACCACCGCUGGCUCAGCCCCGCAUGCGCACGCGUUCCCAAUCCAAGCGGGACGCAAUGAACAACGGCGAGCACAAGCUAGUCACUUCUAGCAGGGACUAUUGA